GGGCGGGGGGGGGCGGGUUGUGAUUACCUGCGACAUUACUUCAGCGAAAAAUGUUUAUCGCUCGUCGUCGCGUCGAGCGUCGUCUCCGUUUGGAAAGUAGCUUAGCCGGACCAGAGCUAGCCGGCCAGCUAGCAUGAACUCGGGCCGUCGGCGGUGGUUUUGUUUACAUCCAGUCCCGAUGACGAUGGGCCCGGAGAGGUGCGUGAGCUAACCCUGCUACGAGAGCUGUUUGUGGGGGCAAAGUGACAUCCUAAAAGCCCGGGGGGUCGACCAUCCAAACCGCUGCCGCCUGAGGGUGAUGGACGUGUCCUCACAGGAUCCAUCUCUCAUGGCUAUGGACCUGUCAAAGAGCUACAACCCCCUGACGCGCAGCCACACUGAAGCCAUGGACCUGGCAAAGAAGCCGGAGUGGUACCACCGACGUCCACCGAGCUGCAGCACAGACAUCGCCUCCUCGUACCGAUCCAGAGCCUCGUCGUCCUACAACCCUCUCUCCGCGCAGCCAGGAGCACCCGUCCACUGCAGAGACAUGGAGCAGGGCCCUGAGGCUUUAGGUAACUAUAUGAAUUCAACACUAGCUCCGGGGCUGGAUCUGUACCACGACAGAGUUCACAGCAACCUGUGGCAUCCGGGUUUCUACGGGCCCAACCAAAGCGGCGGCCCGGUUCCUGAAAGCAGCGGCGGAGAGGAGAGCGACAGCGGCUCCGACGUUAUUUUCCUCGUUUCCUCAGCGAAGGAGCCACUCAUAUGCGGUUCUUCUUUCAUCCCAGACAGCGUGAGGCACAUCGUGGAGCCUCUGUCCCCGGCUGUGUCCUCGCUGGACGAAGGGAGAGGUUGCUAUCACCUACCUCAGCCUCUGAGCUCGCCCAGUCCUGACAGCUCCUACUCAGACGACUCCUCGGACAGCUCAGUGGACAUUCCUGUUCAUCACACCAGGCCUGUAGUCCUCCUGUCAGACCUCAGUGCUGUUUAUGGCAACCCUGCUGAAUCUCCCGUCGAUAUUUCCAGCGAAGACAGCGACGUUAUCGAAGUUUCAGUCACUAAUGAAAAGAAGAAAAGCCGCACCUUUCCUUACAAGAAAAAUGCUCCUUGUAAGAAAAGUCUGGUGAGAGAAACUCCACCUCAGAGCGAGGAGGAAAAAGCUCUGCCUAGAGAAAUACGACGUAGUACCAGAAUCAGAAAAUCUCUGUCUGAAAUGCCUCAGUUUACCUGCAGCGUGUCUCGGCACAGUUUGAGGAGACAGGUCAAAAAUGAUGCAGUGGGUAUCUAUAACGAAAGUUGUGAUUCUGACGACGUGAUGGAGUACGCGGUCAGGUUGUCCAGCCCAGAGGCAGACGAGUCGGUCUCGCAGCCAAAUGUGUCACGGAGAGUGAGCAGUGAUUCAGAGGAGUCUGAUGUGGACGUUCGGACAGAGAGUAAAUCACCGGAGAGUUGGCAGCCUAGCCGCAAAGCUUCGCACACAACAAGCCUCAAACGAAAGAAGCCACUCGCCAUUCAUACGACAAAAAAGUUAAGAAGAACCAAACAGAAACAAAAACACAGAAUCCCUCAACAACAGCACCAAAAGGCCUCAUCCUGCAGAAGUGUAUCAGUAAAGAAAAAAACGGUCACAAGACGAAAGAGAAAACGGCGAACUCAGACUGGACCUUCUGCUCUGUUUUCUCCCAGAGAGCCAGAAAUCCAGCUUAAAUAUGCAAAGAUUAAAGAGGACAAAAGGGACAAGAAAUCUGACGGUUUUUGCCCAUUUGUUCACAUGGACCAGAGGAUGUGCACUGUUGUCAACUAUCAAGAAGAGGAGGCGACAGUACGGAGCAGCAGAGGAGGACAUCAGCGGACAGCCACCAGAUCUCUGUCUGGAUUUGUUCCCAACACGUCCUGCUUCCAGCUGGGUCGGCUCAGCCCGGAGAGCAGGUGUCAGGCCACGCUGUCGUGCUGCCUGUGCAGCCAGACAGCCACCGUCAUGGGCCUGGGGGACCUUCACGGCCCGUACUAUCCCGUCAGCCCGUCUGCCGACUGCCAGAACUGCAAGACUGAGCAGAAAGAGGAAGUGAACUUACAUGGACUCGUUAAUAGCCAUUCAGUAAAUUCCUCAGAUGGCGGUUGUGAUGGUCGUGACCCCUCUGCUGUCAAAAGUUUGCUCGACAGCGACAGCAACUCUCUCCCAAAGGUGCCUCCUCGUCUGGAUGAGUGCUGGAUCCACGAGGACUGCGGUAUCUGGUCCGCCGGUGUCUUCCUAGUCAGAGGAAAGCUGUAUGGGUUGGAGGAGGCGGCCCGGCUCGCACUGGAAACGGUAUGUUCAACAUGCCAACAAACAGGUGCGAUCAUGGGCUGUUUCCAGAAGGGCUGUCCCAGAAACUACCACUACAGAUGUGCCCUUCAGUCAGGCUGUGUUCUCAAUGAAGAGAACUUCUCAAUGAGAUGUACAGAGCACAAGAACAAACCGUUCACAAGUGUAACCAGACAGCACAAGAGAUGACGCGAAAGACACGUGGGGGUACUGGAGAAUGAUCCACGGAUCUCCUCAGGGUGCGACGGGAGCUGCCUGACUUCACCUCUGCUGUUUUAUAACACUAAUUAAUGUGUGUGCUCAAGCAGAAGGCAAACCUUCUGGUAAGAUUUCACUCGUCAUGACAGACAGAUCAAACCAGGGGCCACUUUAGGAUUUUCAUAAGAAGUGUCUUUGUUUUGUUCUAUUUCUGUUCUUUUGUAGGUCUUUAACACAGCCAGUUACACCAAUUGGACUGAGCCAAGAUGGGGUGCGUGCGUGCGUGCGUGUUUGUUUGUUUGUUUGUUUGUGUGUUUGUUUGUUUGGUGUGCGUGUGUGCGUGCGUGGAACUGUGUAUUUAUUCCUCUUCUUGAAGAUCCACACUUGGACUAGCCACAUCACAAAUACAGUUUAUUAUUUGAACCUAAUAAUUAUAUUCGAGCUUAAAUGAGCUUUAUUAAUUUGUUGUUUAGAGUAUAAUAUCUUUAUAUGAGGCCACUUCUUUUCUUUCUACUGUUUUUGUACUACUUUUCUAUUGCUGUUAGUGCUUCGGUCAUCACAACAUAAUUUAUUUUCAUCGAGAUGCAUGGACAGUUGAUGUUUGCUACAAUGCACUUUAUAGCAUAAUUUUAAGAUGUUUAUUUAUAUCUGUUUGUAGACUUUGUUCUUCCCUUUCUACUACAGUUAUUUAAAUUUAAUAUAAAGCUGCACUAAGCAAGAUUUAUAUAUAUAUAUAUAUAUAGAUAUAUAUAGAAAUACUGAAUUUCUGUCUAAAUCACAAAGUAGGGCUGCAAAAGAGAAUAUACCAUCCACAGUUACUGAGACCACAAACUGUACAUUCACCAUAUUCAAGUGAAUUAUUAUCUGGUGUCGUGUUUAGAUGCUUCUCUCCGGACAGGAUGUGGAAACUUGAAACUGACAAACAGAACAAAACGUCUCAUAAGCAGCAGCGAGAGUUCAGCACAGCAAUAGAUGCAAGUGUCAGUGUUCUGUGUUUUGUGGGCUGGUAGAUUUUUAUUUUUUUUUCUCUUAUGUCAUAUUAGAGUGAUUUCAGAAAAUGUAAAGUUAAAAGGUCAGUUCAACCAAAUCACAAAAAAAGUCGUCCAAUUCAGAUAGUUUUGGCUUUUAGAGCUGAAACAAUAAGUCGAUUGACCACAAAAAAUUAUUUUAAUUAUUAUUUGUUGUUUUAUUUUGUUUUAUUAUUAUUUUUUUUUCCAAAUAAAAUGCUCAGUAAAAAUACCGAUUCCAGCUGCUCAAAUGUGAGGAUUUGCUCCUUUUCUCCGUUUUUAUAACUUUGUAAAUUGAAUAUUUUCUUAGUUUUGGACUGUUGGUCAGACAAAGCAAACAAUU